GAAGACAUUAGUUACUCGAGUUCAGAGUAAAUGGAAAGAUCAAGUGAACAAAAAGUCAGUGGUCUGAGAAGAAAAUUGAGUUUUGAUAAAAAACUUUGGAGAAACAUAUGAAAGUAAAAGUGAACGAAUUCUAAACAUUGUGAUAAAAAUUGUGAUUUUUCUGUUAAUUAAAUUCAACGUUACAUACUUCAAAACAAAACGAUGCCUGAGAUUAUUGAACAACCCAAACAAGUACCUUUUGGAAACUGCUCAGUACCUCAACAAAACAAGAACCAGCAAACCAACUUUGGCUUAUAUAGUCAUAUACGUGGUACCAAUGUUUCUUACGGCAAUGUAUCCAAUUUGACACCCGCUGUCAAAAUCUUUGUUGAGGAGUCAGUAGCUCUUUGCCAACCCGAUCAAGUGCACAUUUGUGAUGGAUCCGAUAUUGAAAACAAAAUAUUGCUGAAAUUGAUGUUGGACGAUGGAACCAUUAUACCUCUUCCUAAAUACGAAAAUUGUUGGUUAGCUCGCACGAAUCCUGCAGAUGUUGCACGUGUAGAAGCUCGUACAUUUAUAUGCACUGAGCAAAAGAAUGAAAGCGUUCCUACACCAAUAGAAGGUGUAAAGGGUACUCUAGGUAAUUGGAUUUCUCCAUCAAGCUUCGAUCAAGCAAUUCAAGAGCGUUUUCCUGGCUGCAUGAAAGGACGUACAAUGUACGUUGUUCCAUUUAGUAUGGGUCCAUUGGGUUCACCACUCUCAAAAAUUGGAAUCGAAGUCACCGAUUCACCAUAUGUCGUUGCUUCUAUGCGCAUCAUGGCCCGCAUGGGUGCACCAGUCCUAGAGCAAUUGAAAAAGCAAGAGGAGUUUGUACGUGCUUUACAUUCAGUUGGUAAGCCUUCCAACGGAGUUAUUGAAUACUCUUCAUGGCCGUGUGAUCCAGAGCGUACUAUUAUUUUGCAUAAACCUGCUAAGAAUUUAAUAGUUUCUUACGGUUCGGGUUAUGGAGGUAAUUCCCUUCUUGGCAAAAAAUGUUUUGCAUUGCGUAUUGGUAGCACCAUAGCUAAACGUGAAGGUUGGUUGGCGGAACAUAUGCUUAUUUUGGGCAUUACCGACCCGAAAGGAGAGAAGAAAUACAUUACCGCGGCAUUCCCUUCAGCUUGCGGUAAAACUAACUUGGCUAUGUUGAAUCCAUCUCUAGCCGGAUACAAAGUGGAAUGUGUUGGUGACGAUAUCGCAUGGAUGAAAUUCGACAGUGAAGGAGUUUUACGUGCUAUAAACCCCGAAAAUGGUUUCUUUGGUGUUGCUCCCGGUACUUCUGUAGAAACUAAUCCAAUCGCCAUGGCUACAAUUUUUAAAAAUACGAUUUUUACCAAUGUGGCCUAUACCUCAGAUGGUGGUGUUUACUGGGAAGGUAUGGAGAGCAGCUUGGCUCCAGGUGUCCAAAUUACUGAUUGGCAUGGCAAACCUUGGACUAAGGAUUCAGGCGAGCCAGCCGCACAUCCUAACUCUCGUUUUUGUACACCAGCUGCCCAAUGUCCCAUUAUUGAUACCCAUUGGGAGAAUCCACAAGGCGUUCCAAUCAGUGCAAUUUUGUUUGGCGGGAGACGACCAGAAGGAGUACCCUUAAUAUAUGAGUCACGCAGCUGGGCUCAUGGAGUGUUUGUUGGUGCAGCAAUGCGCAGUGAAUCAACAGCUGCUGCUGAACAUAAGGGCAAAGUAAUAAUGCACGAUCCUUUCGCUAUGCGUCCAUUUUUUGGUUAUAAUUUUGGCCACUACGUCCAACAUUGGUUGAGUAUGGAAAACCGUGGAAACGUUCCCAAAAUUUUUCAUGUCAACUGGUUCCGCAAAGGCUCGAAUGGAAAAUUCAUUUGGCCUGGAUAUGGUGAGAAUUCACGAGUUUUGGAAUGGAUUUUGCGUCGGUGCAGUGGAGAGCAAUGUUAUGCUGAUGUUGCUAUAGGUAGAAUACCAGCCGAGGGGGAUCUUAAUUUGGAAAGCAUGAAGGUCAACAUCGAUUACAAAGAACUAUUCUCUUUGCCAAAGGAGUUCUGGUUGGAAGAGGUAUCGGAAAUUCGUAACUACUUUGAAUCUCAAGUAGGAUCCGACUUGCCUGAAGAUAUUUAUAACGAAUUAAACCAACUUAAAGAACACGUUGCGCAAAUUUAAAUUGUAUUGAAUACUCAGAAUUUAUUAAACUAUACUGUAUAGAGAUUUUAACUACUUUUAAAAAGCAUGUGCCAUAUAAUGUAUUUAGAAUAUAACAACAUUCAUCUGUAUUUAUUUAAACGAUUUGAUGUGUUGUGUUCAGGAAUUCAUGUAAAAGUUGCCGAGAGCAGAAUUUGUAAAAUCUGUUGAUUUCACAUUUUUCAUCCAUUAGGAACAUACGUGCGAAAGGGGACACGUUUUACUUAAAAUAGCGACUCGUACAGUAAAAUAGUGAAAUAAUUUAAAGAAUUGGGAUUAUUUGGAAUUUAGCAUAAUACGCAUAAUGCAUUUACAGUAACUGCGACCCUUCUUAAUUACCGUAAAAAACCAAUAGUACAUAAUUACACUACAAAAAGGCAAAUAAGUAUUUAAAGGAAUUUAAAUAAUUCUAGGCACUAAACAAAUAGAACUGCUAAAUACCAGUUGUUAGUAUUUUGCGUUAUUUUAUCUUUGAGUAGGAAUACAUUAAAUAUCUUUAAAAUAAUGAUAAAAUGAUUUUCCACAAUUGAUUUAAAAAAAUACUUUUGUAAUUCUUUUGAUAUUAUAUAAGUAUCUUAUUAUGUUAAGAAUUUCCUUUGUUUACUAUUGUAUAAACUCUAGAUUUUUAUAAUCUAAUCGUUCCUAAACAAAUUUUAAACUCUUUAUAUUUUAAAAAAUUAAAAAACAGGCAUUUAAAACUAGGCUGUUUAGUGACGAAUGUGAAAAGCAGUUAUGCCUAAUUCACAUAGAACUUUUACUUCGCUAUGCGUCAGACAUUUGCUUUGGCAGAAAGUUACAUGUUUGCUUUUGUAUGAGUACAUUCACAUCAAAGCGAAACGCAGCAAGCGAAGCAAGGUGUUGAACAACUUUCAUCUUUUUAUGCUUUGCCAGGCAACAGUCGCCACUUUUAUGUUGACAGUCAAAAUUAAAAAAAAAAAUUUAAGAAAACCACCAUUCACAGGAAUAUUCAGGGGUGUUGUGGAACCUCAAAGUUGUCGGAAUCAGAAUUGAAACCAAUAAAAAAAAAGCAGUAGGUGUCAUGAAUUCAGUCAUUAUUGGUUUGAUAUUCGAAACAGAAUUUGUAUCGGUUUUGGAUGUCACUGAAACCAAUUAUAUCGGUUUUGCUGUCAGAAACAAAGCAAGAAGAUAGUCGCACGCAGAUUUGAAAUGUAAGUUAAGAAAUCGAGUUAUUUUAUUGUUACGAACUGAUUUAUGUUUAUUUCUAUAGGAGAAAACAUAAGAAUAAAGUGCGAAAUGUCUUAA